AUGUUCGAGUCGCAGAUCCUCAGGCGCAUGCGUCAUGUCUGGGACUCGGCCCGGGAGGAACAACAGCAGUAUUCUAAUAUGCCUUCUUCUGCGAAGCCUGAGUCCUCUCGUCUAUUAGAGGAAGAUCCAUAUCAAGCGGGUUAUGGGUAUGGAGCGUUCAAUACUGCCCAGCAUACGAACCAACCGGAUCCGGAAUCUGUGAGGCGUGAGCGGGAGGCUCUGGAGGCUAUCUGCCAGCGAACAUCAGAUUCCGUCAUCGAUAUCUGGUCCCUCCAACCCCAACCUCACCUCCAACCCCGUGCAACCCUCCACGGCCCUACGUCAGCAUCAACUUCUCCAACUCCCGACAACGAGAAUGCCACCCUCACCAUCCCUGCGGACCGCACAUCGCAAACCAGCCGACCUACCUCCGGCACUGGCGGCGCUGUCCCAAAACACUGGGGCGAAGUCGUGGUCAACCCGACCAAGAAGCGGUCUCGUCCGGACAUGAAAGUCGACGGGGACGCGAAGCGUGACGUCUUCGGUGUCUUGCAGGUCAAUUGA